AUGAAGAGCUUCAUUGCCAUUGCAGCUUUCGCUGCCGGUACUAAUGCGCUAGUUAGUCGCGGCGAUAGCUGCUGCUUUCACUUGAGCUCAUCCGGCGGUGCUUCCGGUUCCGUUGGCGAGCUUGGUGAUGGCCAGGUCCGUGUUGGUGACAAAAAAUUGUCUACUUCACAGUUCUGUAUCAGCUCUACCGGUGCUAUCACUGAUGGUGAUGGCCGUGGCUGUGUCAUCACUACCCCGGAAACACAAUUUCAAUGUGAUCUUGGUGCCAAUGCUACCACUGGCUUCUCUAUUAGCUCUUCCGGUCAGCUGGAGUAUGAUGGCAGUGCCGAUUUCAUUGCCUGCGAGACGGGUGAUAAUGGUGGACUCAAUUUCUACACCACCAACAGCAGCGCCGUUACUGGGUGCAAGAAGGUCAACUUGAAGGCUGACUCUUGCUCCGGCUCCGGCUCCGGCUCUGGCGCCGGUGCUUCAUCAUCGCCUAAGUCUUCUGGCGUCCCUCACUCUAGCGCCCCUGCUGGGCCCAGCAGUUCACCUGGGUCGCCUAGUUCCCCUGGAUCCUCUGGUUCCCCAGGCUCUCCCAGCUCGCCUGGUGGCCCUGCUCCUUCCGGUGCAGCCUCUUCCGCCUCUGUACCUAACUGUGCUCCGCUCUCAGGUUCCCCUAUCACAGUGACUAGCACGGUCACUGUCACUGACUGUAACUGCCCUGCUGGCUCUCCGGCCCCUACUGCCGGUCAGCCAGGCGGCGGUGGUGGUGGAGCGCCUGCUUCUCAUACCUCUGGUGGUGCUCCUGUUCCCAGUGCUCCUGCUACUCACAGUUCCGGUGCCCCAGGUGGUGAAUCGCCCGCUCCUAGCGGCUCGCCUGCUCCUCACACCUCCGGUGCCCCAGGUGGUGGAUCAGCUGCUCCUAGCGGCUCACCCACUCCUCACAGCGCUCCUGCAUCAAGCGGUACUCCUGCCCCUAGUGGCUCUCCCCAGCCAUCUGGUCCUCAGCCCUCUGGACCUGCCGGUGGCUCAUCUUCCACCCCUGCCGUUUCUCUGAGCACCAGCACAUUCGUUGCUACUAGCACCGUUGCUGCCUCCACCCCCGGUAGCUCCGCUGCUCCAUCCUCUACCAGUGCUAGCGGGACCUCUUCCGCCAGUGGCAGCUGUGCAACCACCUUGAUUACCCAGAAUGAGCAGUACCAAUACCCUCACCUGAUUGUUCCGGUUAACUCUUCUUCUCCCGAUACUGCAGUCGGCAACGGCUACUUCGGUACUGUCAGCUCUACCGUCUCGACCAUCUUCAACUUCGAUAUCCCCUCUUCCUUCGAGGGUUCGACCUGUAACCUGCUCUUCAUGUUCCCCAAGAAGGCCGACCUCGAGACAACCGACUACACCUUCAGUGGUGACGGCAAGCUUGACUUCACUCAGCUGUCCGAGGUCGCUACCAGCGACACAACCUGGAACACUGUCCCCUCUACUUCGCAGAACCUUGGAGAUAUCACCAUCUCCCCAGGCAACACCUACGUUGUCUCCAGCUUCUCUUGCCCCGCUGGUCAGGCCGUCGCCUACGAGAUCUCUGAGGCUGGGACCACUUCCCUGCACUGGUUCAAUGACUGGAACCCCUCUCCUCUUGGUGUCUUCAUUACCAAGUGCUAA